UCAUUCGAGACGUGGCUCGAGAAAGACGGUCUCGGGUUUAACCGGGCGCGGGAAUACCGCGGACCAGUCGCACCAGUCCCGCAGCCGUCCCGAAUCCUCCAGGCACGACAACACGACCAGGCUUUCGGCGAACGCACCGACCAAGAAGGAGAACGGAGAAGGGGCGGCGUCAGCGCCUUGCAAGCCACCGUCGGCUACUGCGAGAUCGGCUAAAGCGGCACCGGCCGCCAAGCCCGAGCCUUCCAAGCCCGCUUCUGGCCGACGUAAGCCCACUGCGUGGGACACCUGGAAGUACCCGGCGUACGGCUUCGGCGGAGGCGUCUUAUUUCUCAUACUCACAAUCCUCCUCUACAGGGUGAUGUUCCCGUUCCCGGUGAUACCGACCAAGUUCUACUCCAUCUGCGAGACCGGCGGCUGCGCCGAGUUCAGCCGCCUCAUCCGCAGCAGCAUCAGCACGGCGAUCGAUCCGUGCGACAACUUCUACCGCUUCGUGUGCUCCACUUGGGACUCGCAGCACAACGUGUCGGUGAGGCAGGCGCACCGAGACGAGUACGUGGCGUCGCUGGCGGCCACGGCCCGCGCCGUCGUCGUGGCCGCCGACGGGGCCCCUCAGACGCUGCGCCAGAAGGCCGCCCUGCUGUACCAGAGCUGCGAGGCCGUGGCGCAGCGGCACCGCGAUGACACCGGACAGUUCCGCAACCUCUUGGCGAAGGGAGGUCUGACUUGGCCGCAGCCUGCGAAGGAGAAACCAGCUUCCAAUAACAGCGACGGCUUCUUCUUCGACGCAAUAGUCUACAGCCACUUCCAAGUCGGCUUCGACCCGGUGUUCACGGUUGGCAAGGUCGCCGAUGCCAUCGUCACCGUGCAGCUCAGAGAUGUCAUUCCGGACUGGAUCCACACGAGAGGCGAGUGGAAGGCUAUGCACGCGUACGACGGCAAGCUGCGGCGCGUGUGCCGCCACUUUAGCCACCAGCGGAGCACGUGCGAAGCCGAGCUCACAGCCUUCGCCAGCGUCGACGACGAAGUGAGCAGAGCGCUCACCGUACUCUUCAGAGAAGACGACGGGCCGCCGUUAAACCGAAGCCAGUUCGAAAAUGCCAGCUCGGCGAGACCCUUCGAUGCCUGGGCACGGGUCUUCUCCAAGCUCCUCAGCAUUGCUGUGGAGCAAGUGCAAUCACCGGCCACAAGGUCAGUCAUGUGUGGUACAUAUUCACUCGAUGCGCAGCCCGUCACGCCUGCUCUAGCCACCCGCAUUCAUGGCUGA